UUUCUUUUUACUCCGGAGUCGGUGAAGAUGCCGUACAACCGAUACUACGUGGAGAUCGGUCGCGUGGUCUACCUGACCCGUGGCAAGGACCAGGGUAAACUCGGUGUCAUCGUUGAUGUCGUCGACCAGAACCGAGCUCUGGUCACCGGUCCUGGCCUGAAGAGGAAGCCCCAACUCUUCAAGCACAUCCGCCUGACUCCUCAGGUGCUUGGCGGUUUUUGUUCGGGGACGAAAGACAUCAUUGUGAAGAAGCGUUUCGAGGAGAACGAUGUUGAGAAGAAAUUCAAGGAAUCCCUGUUCUACAAGAAGCUGACCGCACGUCAGACCAGGGAAAAUCUCAACGAUUUCCAGAGGCACAAGGUGCUGUACCUCAAGAAGAAAAUGAACACGUUGAUCAACUGCAGGUACGGAAAGCUGAGGAAGCCCGUCCGAAAAGCUUACUUCAAAAAGCUGGCUGAGAAGAAAGCCAAGAUCGACGCCGCCAAGGGUCUUUAAAUAAAACUCCGAGGUGUCUCGAAAAA